AUACCGAGCCUCUCACCUGAAACAACGCUUCAACCACACAGGCGGCGUCCAUGUCCAGCAGAGAAUCACAGGCUGUGAGUUGCUGGAGGAUGACCAGCCUGGCCCAAUGGCAAUAAAGGACGCCUUCAAUGGGCAGAGCGGAGACCAACUCUCCUUCACCAACGACCAGUGCAGUUUCCACAGUCAGUGGCAGUGGCCAGCCAUGUGGGACAAUCUGCAGUUAGGCCAGGUCAAGUGGCUGUAUGAAAACCUCUACCAUCCCAUCUGUCUGAGGACCCUCAGGACAUACCUGAAGAAACAGAAGAACCGUGUUAUGAGGAAAGUGAAACCCAGAGUCAGGCUCCUCCAGAAGACACUCCCAGACUCUGGAGGGGCCAAAGUGACCUGCCUGGCCACUGGUUUCUACCCCCGUCACAUCAACCUGACCCUGCUCAGAGACGGCCAGCCUGUGUCUGACCACCAGAUCACUGGGGGGGAGCUGCUACCUAAUGGAGAUGAGACGUACCAGAUGAGGAAGAACCUGGAGGUCAGCACAGAGGAACUACAGAAACACCUGUUCACCUGCACAGCUGAACACCUCAGUCUGGACAACAAGAUACAUAUCAACAUAGGUAUUACAAGUCAUGUUAUUUACACUAAUCUCAAGGUUGUAUGA